CUAAACAUACAGCCAGAGAUACAGUAGAAUGGUCUAGUCAAAGUCUGGAUCAAUAUCUAUUAUCAAUCUGUGGCAAUACUUGCAUAUGUGACGGCGCUGUGACUGGGCAAAAACAUAAUGGGACUGAAAACGAAUUAAACAGUAUUUGGAUUUGUCUUUCCUAAAAACGUUCCACUUCAAGUAUUCGUUUACCCAUCCAAACAAUUGAAAUCAGGUGUUCUAAUCACCUCCAUGGCCACGGGUGUAUACAAUCAAGCACCUAGGCAUGCAGACUGUUUCUACAAAUAUUCGUGAACGGAUGGGUCACUCUCAGAAAUGACGAAUUUCUCCAUCCGGCAAUCUGAUGGACGAGUCUGGGUUUGGCGGUUGCCAGGAGAACAGUACUUAUAUUGUGUCAAUUGUAAAGUUUGGUGGAGGGUGGAUUAUGCUGUGGGGUUGUUUUGCAUGAGCUGGUCUUGGCUGCUUAGUUCCAGGAAAAAGGAGCUGAAUGCUUAUGACCUCUCCAAUGGUCAAGACUUCCCAUGAACACCUACACCUUGUGGACAGCCUCCCCAGAAGAGGUGAAGCUGUUAUUGCUGCAAAGGGUGGAGCAACAUCACAUUGAACCCUAUGGAUUAAGAAUGGGAUGUCACUUAAGUUCAUAUGCGAAUCAAGGCAGGAUGAGGAAGUGUGGAGCUGUUUAAGAGAAUAUAAAAACCCUUCCUGUUCAUCAUUCACACUCUGCUUCUCUAACUGCGAGUCUCCAGAAGAGGACAAACCUGCUUUCUGACAGCAGAGUCGUGUAUGAGUGAGACGACCCGGUCCUGUUAGAACCUUCCCCCUUCUGUCAACACUGGGGAGGUGGUUCUAGGUGUUUCCAGGGUUACCGUGGUGAUGAGGCAGCGUCACAACUGAGGAGGAGUCAUCUUUGCAGGAGAGUGGAAACGGAGAUCUCCCAGCAGGACUCCUCCAGAUUCAAACCUGGCUCUAAUCUCCCGGUGUUACUGGACCUCCUGCUAUGACCUACCUAGCUCACACAGCUCACACCCAGUUCGCCGCCCUCUGGCUGGCCCUGAUUGGCUGGACACUCACGGCCGUGUCUCCAGGACUUGUCCAGUGGAGGGAGUGGGAGGUUCCUGACAAUGAGGUCGUGACCUCAGGUGUGGCUUGGGUGGGGAUCUGGAGGGCCUGCUUUAACAGCCACACUCAUGUAAGUGAGGGGUUAAUAUCCAUGUACUGCAGGUCUAUCAGCCUGACUGAGAACUUCACUCCACCAGAGAUCGCAGCAGGUCAGGUUCUCAUGCUCCUGUCUCUGCUGGUGGGGCUCUGUGGGAACGCUGCUGGUGCUUAUGCCAUGAGGAACGCCUACUUUGGGGUGAAGAGGGUCUCCCUGAUCUUCUGGGGUUUCAUCACCACAGGGGUGCUGGUCCUGCUGGCUGCUGCGCUGUCGCUCGUUCCUCUCAUCUGGAACCUGAAGUCAGUUGUGACAAAUCAGACCAUCGACUUCCCCUCUGAGUUCAAACUCCCCAAAGCGCCCAGAUCGCAGCAUGUUGGCUGUGGAAUCGGUGUGGGGAUAGUGGGCUCAGUCCUGAUGGUGGUGUCUGGGAUGAUUUUCUGUUCUUACCGGUUCCCACAGAGGUUCAAACCCAGGAGGGAUCUCAGUAAGAGGGAACAACUGCAGCAGAACGGCUCGGCAGCAUCAGGAGCAAGAAACGAGGAGGAGGUGAGCUUCGAUGGCAAAGAUAACCCAGCUUUCCAGGGUCAUGAACACAUGUGAUCAGUUUUAUUAACGAGAGGCUCAAAUGAUCAGGGAAACACAAACUAAAACAUUAAGAAUGGAAAACAAGAAGGAGAAUAAAACAGAAUAACUCAUAUCCACACUGUCAACAGGCCUGAUAAAAUAUUAAACAUGAUGAUGUCACUGUCGCUCCACACUGACCAAGCAUAAGAAGAAGCAUCAUUUAUCACUAAAAUACACCAGCUGCACCUUGUUUUAUUGUUUUGGUUCGUUUCUAUGCUGCAGCAGCAGAAACUGUCUUCACAUGGUGUCAUAUUUGUGUCUUAGGUUGGAGUUUUGAUUCUGCUUGUCCAAUGAAAACUCGUUUUUAUAAAUAAAAUCCAUCAAAACACCCCAAA